AUGAUCGUAGGGACCGAGGCAGUGGUUGGGGCGUGGAUAAACGCUUUCAUUGUGAUGAUGUGCUGUAUCGACAGAUUUAAAAACAAAUUCCUCGGUGCAGGUGACAAAAUCUUGAUGUUCCUGGCCGCCAACAGGUUUUGUUUCCUGAUCGCGGGGAUGUUACAGGAACUGUAUAGAACAUUAAGCCCUGCUAUCUACUACAAAUACAUCCAUCGAGGAGUAAGAGCCAUUCUCUGGUUCUUCAUUUCUUCCAACCUCUGGCUUGCCGCUUGCCUGUGUGUGUUCUACUGUGUGAAGAUUGCAAAUUUCAACCAUUCUUUGUUCAUCUAUCUGAAGCUAAAAAUAUCCAGCACCGUUCCAGUCCUGCUCCUGGGUUCUGAGCUUUUAUCACUGGUCAACACCUUUCCUUUCUUCAGUAUGAUUUAUAUACCACAGGGCGACAUUCCAAAUGCCACAGCAACAGGAAACAUUACUGUGAAUCAGAUCCAAAGGCAUACUGAUUUGUUCAAGAUAUUUCUUUACUGUGGCUUGGGUUUUUUCGUGGUGUUGGUCAUUUUCAUCAUUUCAGCCCUCCUUUUACUCAUUUCCCUUUGGCAACAUGCUCGGCAGCUGAGAGAUGGUUUUUCUGGCUACCGAAGCCCCAGGAUGGCCACUCAUGUCCGAGCGGUGAAAAUAAUAACCUACUUCCUGGUUACUUACCUUGUCAACUUUGUAGCUUUGAUGGUCUUACUGAUGGAUAUAUUUUCAGAGGACAGCGCCCUAAACACCUUGUGCACCGUCAUCGUUUAUGCUUGCCCUUCCAUGCAUUCCGUCAUGCUGAUUCUCACCAAUCCCAAAUUCAAAAAAGCAUUCCUUCAAACUCUGCAGCGAGGAAGUUGCAAGUGGUGA